GCGAUCGUAUCCGGACAAUGAAAUGAGCGCCGCUGACGUUGCUGCUGUGCCAACGACGGGUGCGGAACCACUGGUCACGGUCACGCAAGUACCAGAGUCCGUGUGGCUCCAUCCUGUGCUGGAGCUAUCGGCAGUGCGGGAAAACAUAGAGGCCUUCAAGGAAGAGUCCGUAGCGAUGUUGCUUGCCCGAAUCGGCGGCCAUGGCAUCGUCCCUCGCACGUGGAACGUCGGCCCCGACAAGAAGCGAAAAGGUAUCCAGGUGUACUGGGGCGACGUGGAGAACAGCGAAUGGCCUGCGAUGAAGACCAUGGGAAGAAUUCACGCGUCCGCGGACACGUGCGCUCGCAUUUUGACGGACAUCAACAUGGCACCCCGCCUGGACAAGUUCACAAGGUCUGGGCACGUGGUCCAUCAGUUCGACGAUGCCACGGACCUGCGGUACUUCGAGACCCACGGGUUCAUGGUCAUUGACCCUCGCGAUUUCUGCGUCAUCACAACGUCGAAACGCCUGCCAGACGGCCGCCUCGCCAUCGCCUCGCGCUCUGUCACAUCCAUCGACGAUUUUGGGGCCAAGGUCGGGUACUCCCGCGGCCAAGCGCUGCUGACAGGGUACCUUCUGACCCCCGAGCCAAAGGACCAUGCCAAUUGCGACGUCAUCGUGUACGCCCAUGUCGACUUUGGCGGGUCGAUUCCAUCGAGCAUGAUCAAAAUGUUUGGCCUGGCGGCGCCGAUCAAGAUUGUCGAGCAGCUGCAAACAAUUGCCGUCCAAGUCACUAGCGCCGCCACACCGUCGGCGUCCAUAUAACCAAGCUAUUGGACACAUAUUGCUACGGCCGUUCCCUUGACAAGGCCCAGCAAGCAGACACGACAUCAUCGAAUACAAGUGACUACGACUGUCAAUAUACAUACCUCGGUGUGCGACCCCUGCACUCGACUUUGAAUAACUCAACCUAAAUAACUACUCCAACUCUUGCAAAGUAGAGGCAAGGUAGCUAGCUAGCUAUAUAGAUGGCUAGCUACAUCAACAUGAAAAUGUAUCAC